UGAGGGUGAGUUUCGGUCCUCAGCGGGAAUUGGGAGGAGAGUCGCCGUGGGGCUUGGUUUUUGACGGGAGAAGUGCUCUGUGAGGGUGGGCGUCGUGGCAGAGAGGAAGUUAGCGAUGGUAGAAAAGAAUGGAGUUCCUAUGGAAAAUCCAUUUGUGUUCAUGGAUAAUAAUGAUGUACCAUGUACAUCUGGAGAGGUACUUAUGGCAGAUGUGCCUGGUAUGUCAUUCAGUAGAGAAGACAUUAGCUUUGAAGAUACCAAAGUAACUGGUGACAUCUCCGGAGCUGCAGCCAGCAUUGACAUAAAACCGAAAUCCAUACAACGUGCCAAAACAUGGUCAGAUGAAGUUGAGAAUCUGUACAGAUUUCAGCGAGCUGGAUAUAGGGAUGAGAUUGAAUAUAAGCAAGUGAAGCAGGUUGAUAUGGAUUCACGGGAGGAGAUGGAUUUGUGGUAUCCACAAAAAAUGGCUGCCUUGUGGAAAGGUGGCCAGAAACUGGAUUUGUGAAGAAACUUCAGAGAAGGGAUAAUACUUUCUAUUAUUAUGAUAAGGAAAGAGAAUGUGAAGACAAAGAAGUUCAUAAAGUUAGAGUUUAUGCUUACUAAUUUUUAUUUCAGCCUACAGGUUUUUAAAAGUAAAAUGGCUGAAAUUAUUGUUUGUAGUAAAUGAAAUGUCAGCCAUUAAACAAGUUUUCUGAAAUUAA